AUGUGUGUGGCUUUGUCGCUUGGGGAGAUUGCAUCCAUCUAUCCAACAGCUGGAGGCCAAUAUCACUGGGUUGCUGCUCUGUGCCCCGGGCCCAGCAAGAUGACUGCGGCCUAUGUGACGGGAUGGAUCUCGGUAGGAGGCCAGAUAAUUUUGACAUCAUCAGCCGCGUUUGCUGCGGGCCUGCAGACGCAAGCGUUGAUCGUUCUGAAUGACGACAGCUACAUGCCGCUGCGAUGGCAAGGAAUGCUCUUGUACUGGGGUGUCCUUGCCUAUGCCGCCACCCUGAACAUCUACGGCAUGAGGGUGAUGCCUCAUGUAAACAUCCUCGCAGGCGUCAUCCACGUUGCGGGAUUCGUCGGCAUACUCGCUACGCUUGCAGCAAUGGCCAAGAAGACGACCAGUCAAGUGGUUUUUCUUGACUUUGUCAACAGCAGCGGCUGGGAUAGCGACGGCAUCUCUUGGCUAAUCGGGCUUGUCAGCGCUGUAUAUCCCUUUCUUGGCUACGAUGCCGCAUGCCAUCUUGCAGAAGAGUUGCCUCAGCCGAGUCGAAACGUGCCGCUGGCAAUGGUAGGAAGCGUCUUUGUCAACGGAGUAAUGGGUCUAGCCUAUGUUAUUGUGCUGCUGUACUCGGCUGGGUCUACGGACCUAGCAAAUGCGUCCUUGGGAUUCCCGUUCAUGCAGAUCUAUCUUGACGCUACCAACUCACGGGUCGGCACCACAAUCAUGUCCGUCAUGGUCAUAUUGAUCGCGGUCGCGGCCACCAUUGCGGGCAUCAUGUCGUCGUCGAGAACCCUUUGGGCAUUUGCUCGCGACCGGGCGACCCCUUAUCAUGAGGAUUUAUCUCACAUCAGUCCCCGUCUGCAGAUUCCGCUCAACGCAGUCAUUGCCGUUGUCGCGCUCCAAUUCGUACUGGGCUUCAUCUACCUGGGCAAUGACACGGCAUUCACCGCCAUCCUGUCCAUGGCAAUCAUCGGACUGUAUUUGUCGUAUCUAUUGCCCGUCUUGUAUAUGCUUUUCCACGGCCGGUGGAACUUGCAACCGCACCAGUACGGCACAUUCCGUCUUGGGUUUGUGCCAGGCAUAAUGCUUAACCUGCUGGGUGCCAUGUGGAUGAUUACUGUCAUCAUAUUUAGCUUGUUCCCGACGACAAUGCCUGUUACUGCAAAGAACAUGAACUACUCGAUAGUCGUGUUUGGUGGCUGGAUGGUGUUUGGUCUGCUCUACUAUGCAUUUCGUGCCAGGCACAAGUUUCAAGUACCCUUGGUGGACUCGGACGUUAUCUCCGGCAUGGAGACACAUUUGGAUGAAUUUGAGAAGAGUGAAAGGGCAGGUAUCCCGACAACAUGUUCUCCGCUUACUUAG